AAGGUUCAACAACAAGAUAAACCACACUUCCUCCUCCGCCCAAUCCUAUCAAAAAGUCCCCUUCUCCACCAUAGCAGACCACGCUCUUUCAAUCCACACCUCCUCCUCUCUUCGCCACCAGCAAUGGCCGCUCUUCUGAACACCCCAGUUUCCCUUCAGUCCAAAAUACCACCGGCUGCACGAGUCUCAGGAGCCGUCUCGUCUCAAAGACCCAUCAACCUCUCUUUCUCCGCCUCUUUCCCAUCUAUCAACCUAACAUCCACCUCCCGUGCCCGCGGCGGCGGCGGUGGGGGUGCUACGGGAGCGAAAAUGUCAGCUACUGCCGCUGCUAGUUAUGCCACAGCCCUGGCUGACGUUGCCAAGGGGAACAACACCCUGGAAGCGACCUCCGCUGACGUGGAAAAAGUCGAGAAGCUCUUUUCGGACCCCCAAGUGUUCGACUUUUUCUCCAACCCAACAAUCGAUACCGAGAAGAAACGCCAACUGCUUGACGAAAUUGUGGAGUCGUCGGGACUCCAGCCCCACACCGCAAAUUUCUUGAACAUUUUGGUUGAUGCCAAGCGCAUUGACUUGAUGAAAGAUAUUGUGAAGGAAUUCGAGUUGGUGUACAAUAGUUUAACGGAUACAGAGCUUGCGGUUGUGACUUCUGUUGUGAAGUUGGAGUCACAGCACUUAGCCCAGAUAGCAAAGCAAGUUCAGAAACUCACUGGAGCUAAGAACGUGAGGAUUAAGACUGUACUUGAUCCUAGCUUGGUUGCUGGGUUCACUGUAAGAUUUGGGAGCGGGGGUUCUAAGCUGAUUGAUAUGAGUGUGAAGAAGCAGUUGGAUGAAAUUGCUGCCCAGCUUGAUGUUGUUUGAUUUUGAUGUAAUUUUUGCAAUUCUUUAUUAAUGCAUGUUGAGAUUGAACUAAUAGCUUUUGCUAAUAUAUAAAUACUUUAUUGAUUCAGAAAUA